CAAAUAGCACAAGCGAGCAAAACACAAAACUCUAUUUUGCUGCGCUAAGGCACGUAUUUACCGCAUUUAAUUGUAAAUACAACUAAGAUAAAAAACAAGAGCGACAAAAUGAUGUUCGAGGACCAACGCAUGUCUGUAGAUUCAACCACACCAAUAAAAAGCGCAGGCAGCUUAAAUUCCUCCGGCUCGUCCAUUUCGAUGGACAUCAAGCCGCUGAACAGUUGGGCCCAAGAGGUUCGCGCCGAGCUGGGACAAAGCGAUGAGGCCUCGUCAUCUUUUAACAGCAGUGCCGGGAGCACAGCUGCUCAAUCAAAACGUGAAAUGACUCUGGAGUUUCUCGACGGCAGCAAUGAGGAGAAGUUUGAGCGUCUGGUCAAGGAAGACAAAUUAAAGACGCCCUUUAAGCGUCGACACUCCCUAACGCCGCCCACACUCAGCACUGAGAAUAGUCGCUCCAACAGUCCAAAUAGCAGCGCGUCGUCCGCAACUAACGAAUCUAAUCCGCAUACCAAGGCACAUCACUUCAAGGGUCGCAAGGAAGAGAAGCGUGUGCGCCAUAAUAGUUACACUUCAUCAACAUCAUCCUCAUCCUCGUACACAGAGGCAGAUCCGGCCAUUUUGUCCCGCCGUCAGAAGCAGAUCGACUAUGGCAAAAAUACGGCUGCCUACGAAAGAUAUGUAGAGACGGUGCCCAAGAAGGAGCGCACUCGCGAACAUCCCAGGACACCAAACAAAUUUGGCAAGUACAGCCGUCGGGCGUUUGAUGGAUUGGUGAAGAUCUGGCGCAAGCAGCUGCAUGUCUAUGAUCCGCCCGCAGCAAAGGCUUCAAAUACCGGCGAAGCUGACUCGGAUUCUGACUCAGAUUAGAGCUGUUAUAUUUAUAUUAUGAAUAAACAUAUACUUAGGGAUAAUUGGGGGGAUAUUGAAACGAUGGUACAAAGUCGGCAAAAGUUAAAAUCGCAAAUAUUGUUUGUAUUAAAUUAGCCUUAAAAGACUGCUUACGGGCAGCGUAUGUUAUGUUAUGUUAACAUAUUUUCAAAUGUWUAAUAAAAUGGCGUCGUUUUGAUCUUGAAA